UGAGGCGAGAAGAUUCCUAUUUGGCUUCGAUGUCAUAGCUGAGAACAUGAAGGGUGGCAGCGUCUUCACGAAAUUCAUCGAUUUCACUGGUCAGCUCCAGACGGGAAUAUUCGGAGAACUUUUAAAAAGGUAUCGGCAAGUGUAUGAGCCUGGUAUGAUAUUCACCGUGCCCGACAGAACCUUUGAAGGCACGGAACCAAUCAGCGAUAAGAUCCAGCCGUGUUACAAGUUUGCCCCGCAAUGUGAUCCCUACGCCGUUUACAGGACAAUCGACGGCUCGUGUAAUAAUCUCCAGACGCCAAUUUGGGGAAAGUCCUUCGUAGAAUUCUUCCGGUUACUUCAGGCUGAAUACGGCGACGGUGUGGGUUCUUUGAGACGAGAUAAGCAUGGCAAUGAGCUGCCUAGCGCCCGCUUAAUUAGUACCGCUCUUCACGAGGAUAUCAGCGUCCCCAUGCACCUGAUCACCGAGUUUACCAUGGAGUUUGGCCAGUUCCUUGACCAUGAUUAUGACCGGGCACCGCUGACCAAAAUAUUGAAGAUUCUAGAGAAUGGCACUGAGGUGACGAUUGACGUUAAAUGUGGCCCGGACGAUUGUUCUACGGGGCCCGGAGAAUUGGCUUCCUGUUCGCCAAUAUUCGUCCCUCCGAAUGAUUCCGACAAUGUUACGAAACCGUGCUUCAAAUUUGUGCGCAGCUCAGCGGCACAACGCGCAGGGUGUACAUUUGGCGUCCGUGAGCAGACUAACGCCAUCACGGCGUACCUUGAUCAGUCUCUGGUAUACGGGAACACAGACGAGGACGCCAAAAACCUCCGGGAUCAAGAUCCAAGUAGAGGAAAGCUUAGGACAAAACCCCAUCCUUUCAAUCCAAACUUGAAGCCCCUCCUCCCAUCACGUGACGACCCGACAUGCCGCGAGGUCAACGAGACAGUCACGUGCUUCCUUGCAGGUGACAUCAGAUUAAACGAACAGAUGGGUCUGAUGGCCAAUCACCACAUAUGGGUGCGAGAACACAAUAGACUGGAGGCGGAACUUCACCGCCUUAACCCCCACUGGAGCGGCGAGCGUCUUUAUCAGGAGGCCAGGAGAAUUAACAUUGCCCAGUGGCAGUACAUAGUCUACAACGAAUACCUGCCGAUCAUCAUAGGACCUGAUGCCAUGGCCUUACACCGACUCAAUCCACUUAAAGAAGGUUAUUUCACUGGUUAUGACAAAAAUAUAGAUCCCGGAGUGAGUAACAUGUUUGCAACUUCUGCCUUCCGUUUCGGGCAUAGCACCGUCCCCACCAUACGCAGACGCUCUGACGUCAACCAUAGAAUUAUAGAGAACCAUGACUUUUCUACAGGUACAACUCUUGGCGCGAGUUGUGUGGCGGAAACAGAGCCAAAACAUUUGACGAUUUCCUGACUGGUCCAAAAGCCUUUAGACUGAAAUAUUCAGGGGUAGCAAAACUAAAGAAACUUUACAAGCAUCCGGACGACGUCGAUUCCUUUUCUGGCGGUUUGUUAGAAACGCCCUUGCCAGCGGCGUCCGUUGGUCCGACUUUCGCGUGUGUGAUAGCGGACCAGUUCCUGAGGUCACGCAGUGGCGACCGGUUCUGGUACGAAAACAAGCAAGCCGGCUUCACCCUGGAACAGCUGAAGUCCAUCAAGAAGACGUCCAAUGCCCGGGUGUCGUGUGAUAACUUGGAUAAUAUGCAAACGGUUCAGCCCAAGACUAUGCUGAGGUCUUUAGAGGACGUUGUAAGGUCGCCAAGAUUCAAUUACCGACACGGGUACCACGUACUGCGACUGUUUGGGGUCUCCAAAAACCGGAGAGUGCACUGUUCUCAACUAGCUGGCAUUGACCUGAAUUUGUGGAAAGAGAAGAGGACAUAUCAUUAAUGCAACGGAUUAUAGCUACGCAUAUAUAUAUACGGCAGUUACAAAUAGGGGGAAGGAGAUAAUUUUGAUUAUUAAAUAAUAGUUGUUUAUUGCAGACUUGUUUUGACAGAAAAUAAAUAGGGUUGUGUCUCUGAAAGAAAAAGCUUCCUCGGAACCGAAAUGUGUCGCUUCACUUGCAUAUUGUAGCUUUUGUACCAUUCAUUUUGCAAAUCGUAAUUUGUUUUAUAGUUUUGAAUAGUGAAGGUUUUACUACCUUAUUUGAUCGGAUUUAAAUGUAAGGUCAAAAACGCCAUCGCUGUUAGUAACGAUACCAUUUAUAUUCAAAUGUGUAGGAUUCAGCGGACUACCAUGUCCACGUGAUAAUCAGCUUUGAUAUACUCCUUCUUUGUUUUUCCCAUUUGUUCUAUCAAGGUAAAGAGCCCACUAUGUUUUAACCAUGUUGUUAUGCUACGGCGUAUUGGAAUUAAUACAUUAUUAAGGUCAAUAUUUUUUUCUUCUGCCUUUCUGUCACUAAUUGAACGCAUCGUAUAAAAGAACCAUUUCUGAAGGCGCCAAAGUAUAAACUUCUAUCAGUUAGUAGACUGGUGAAGAUUCUUUAAGUCUGUACAAAAUGAUACAAA